UCCAAUUAGCACGCGGCAGGUGCCAACAACAGUUGGCGAGGCAUUGCCUGAGGUUUUGCUUAUAAGAAAGAGAACUGUUAACUGUUAACAGCGCUUAUCAGGACAUAAGUAUUUUCAAUAAACAUCAAACUGUACAGUGAUACACAUAACAUUCCAAAACAUACAGUUUGAGAGUUAUUGCAAUGCGAUUUAAGCUUUGCUUACAAGAGAGCGCAACUGUUUAAUCGGCGUUGCAGUGCAUGUGCAACUGUUAACAAUUGCUUAUGAGGAUGUCUAUACACUUAACAUCAAACUGUGCACCGCCCCCUAAGCUGUCGAAUGACUUUCAAUAGCAAAUAUAAAUUAAUGCUGUUCAAAAUUACAGCACUCUGAGCACAACCCUAAGCAAUUGGCCAAAACAAACCGCACUCUUAAUACAAAAACAAACACAAGAAACCGAAAAGGUUCGCCGAAAGCCAAGCGCAACGCAUUUUAUAAACAAAUAAGCCGAGCAAAAACAACAAUACAGUUUUGGCUGCUCAUGAGCUGCAAUUAGCUGCUCGCUGGCCAGAGCCAGCAGCGGCAGCGACAGCAGCAGCAGCAACAACAACAGUUAGCGCAACUCUCUGCGUCUUUAACCAGGGCCAUUUCUCAGUCACGUUCGUUGGCCAGUCGCAAAGAAACGCUCAAACUGUGCGCACGAUAGCCGGGCUGAAGAAGUAGAAGCCAAAAGAAAAAUUCAACUUUCGUGUCGUGUACAAAAAAUUUCAAGCGCAUUGCUUUACACAGACCCCCUCGCCUACCUCCCUCUGCCCGAUAUCUGCGAUUGUAUACGGUUUUAUAAGGCGCAGUCGUGACGUUUGGAGAAAGGCUUAGCUGGGAUUUGCAAAAAGCUUAAACAUUAAUUUCACUAUGCAAACGCAUUGACAUUCAUUCUUGGACUUGGAUGAGGUUGAGAUUGGACCUUGCGACGCAUCGCAUCAAUUGGCUUUCAGGGCUAUCGGGUUCGGUGAGACAAAAGGGCCGGAGUCCAAAUAUCAAACCAGUUCAAGUGCUUGCAGUCACAACAACAACAACAACAACUACAACAACAGCAGCUGAGAGAAAGAGAGAUAGAGAACGAGCGCGAGGCGCAGACGCACGUGCAGAAAGCGAGAGCGCAGCAACGUUGGCGUCGGCGUCGCGUGCUUGUAAUUGGGACAAGAACCGUUUGGCAGCAGCGCAGUCGCAGCCGCAGCCGCAGCAGACGUCAACGUUGCCACAGCGCUUGUCAAACUUUUUUGGGCUAGCAAACAGUGCGUGCGGAAAUGCUUUAAAACUGUGCGCGACUGUGUGAAAUUGCAUAAUUUUAAAUAAUAAAACAAGACACACAUAACAAACUGCUAACAACAAUAAAAAAAAACAUGUGCAAGAAAUCUAUAAUAAAAAUUGGCAAACAAUCGAAUUGUGUGAAAACAGCAGCAGCAACAACAAUUUGCUGGUAGCCGCCGCCAAAAUAAAAGCCACGCUUUGUUCAACCAUUGUAUUUAGGCAAAAACAACAACAACAACAACAACCACAGACAGUUACAAGCUAAGACUAUUUUUUUAAGUAAAAUGUCCAAGCUGUUGAAAAUAAAUUCACUCUCGUUGCUGCUGCUGAUGGCGACAGCGCUGCCCCAACAACAGCAACAGCAACAGCAGCUGCUGCCGGCGACUGUUGCUGCAACAAGCACUGCAAAAACGACAACAAGACUUUUAAAUGCAACCGACGGUACUGGCACUUUCAUCGAUAGCAACAACAACAACAACAACGAGGCAUCCACCGUCGCCUAUGAACAACAACAACAACAACAACAACAAACAUUGCAAUAUGCUCAAAUAACGGCAUUAGAUAAAGAAGUAGUUGAACGCCUGAUCAAGCAAUGGGCACCGAUUGUGUGGCUGGCGCCGGAGGAAAAAUUCAUGCCAUUGGGAGUCGAGGAGUUCCUGCAGCAUGUGCAUCCCAUGGAUAAGGAUCGCAGUUUUACGCCGGGCGUGCCUUUCAGCGAAUACUCCACCAAAUCGCACCUGGUGACCAAUGGUGAGAUGGAGGAUCUGCUCAAGAACGAGCAAUCGUUCAUCCACGGCCGUAAUCCCAAUGAGGCGCCAGUGCCCAUCUAUGGCGUGGUCACACUGUGUCCCGGUCCGGCCAAACGCGAGCCCGAAGCCGUGCCUCCGUCACCGUUGGCCAGCACACGAGGUCCCUACAUACCGGUGUCCAUUGAUCCGCUGGAGGAACGCAAUGAGACGGUCCGACGUUCGUCGCGACUCUUUCCACUGUUUCAGCGCGUAAGGCGCGAGGCAGGCAGCAUGCCAGAGUACGGGCCGAUCAGUGAUUACGAUCUGGUCAUGGGUGAGACACAGUUAGCCGGCGCAGCGCUUCCUGAACCCGCGACGUUGGAGCAGCAGCAGCAGCUGGAGUCCGAGUUGGAGAAUGGGAUUCCAGUGAACAAUUUUAUAGCCAAUCUGGCGGACAAUGUCAAGUUCAGUGGAGGCGUCGAUCUGGACGACAAUCUGGAGGAUAACAAUAUAAGCGAUGCGCCAGCUCAAGAGACGCAGCGGGUCAAGGGAAAACUGCCUGGCUUCCAUGUCACAUAUUGGAUGUUCUAUCCCUACAGCCAGGGCAAGACGAUGUGCACGCUGAGCCUGGGGCCCCUGGGCCGCAUACCCUUUCCGGCUGUCUACGGCUACUGCCUGGGCCACCGCCGGGACAUUGGCAGCCAUGUGGGCGACUGGGAGCAUAUGAGUUUGUACUUCAACGGCGAUGCCGAGCCGCAGGCCAUGUAUGUAUCCGCUCACGAUGCGGGCGCCUACUACAGCUAUAAUCGCCUGACUGGCUCUUUUGAGUUUCGGCGCCAGGAGACGCGCAAGGGCAUCCUGCAGCGUCCCAAUUUUCCCAAAACGGUCACCACGUUCAAGAAUCAUCCGGUGCUCUUUGCCGCUAAGGGCUCGCACGGGCUGUGGACGGCGCCAGGCAAGCAUCGUUUCGUUAAGGUGGCCCGUCUGUACGAUAUAAAUGGCUUUGGUACGCCUUGGAACACUUGGAAGGCUGUCGACAUAAGCUAUAAGAAUUUGCGUUCCUAUGGUCGCUCUUUGGUGCCCGAUUGGCUGACCUAUCGCGGCAAAUGGGGCAACCCCAAGAGCAAGUGUCAUCCCUUCCGUCGCAUUGGCCUCAACUUCUGCGAGUUCACAGACGGACCCACGGGCAUACCACUAAAGGAGCCGCACUUUGAAUGCGGCGCCGACUAUCGCUGAUUCUAGGAUUGGCCCGACUAGCAUUAAGCCUAACUUAAGAAAUGUAUUUAUUGUGAAAUUCCCUACCUGCUGGUUGCUCCCUAAAAAGCAUUAAAACUGACCUAAGAAACGUGCUUAACAAUUUA